AUGAAAUUCACCCUCGCUUUCAGUAUCCUCACUCUCUUGGCAUCCACCGCCGUCAAUGCCAUUCCGGUUCCUAUGACCUCUGAGUCAACCUCGCCUGCUCCCACUACCGACAUGGCCGCUGCACCCACCACGGAAGUAGCCGCAACUCCAACUACCGAAGUGGCCGCUGUGCCUACCACCUCUUCUGCUGCCCCAAUCGAAACCCCAGAGGAGACCACCUCGGCUCCUGUUGAAGCGACUACCGAGGCUGCAGCUGUACCAACCACAUCUUCCCCUUCUACACCCGACUCAGGUAGCUCAGGUGGUGAAUCGGGUGAUACUGGAGCUACCACCGCUCCAGCCUCUACUCCUUCAUCUUCUUCUACUCCCUCAGAGGGAUGUACAGGAGAAGGAUGUGAGACCUCUUCCUCUACACCUGAACUCCCAUGCGACGAAUUUGGAAAUAUCAUUGGCAGUCUUACCGGAGGUAGUUCCCCAAGUGGUACCAGUGGUUCUUCACCUAUUGGAGGAAGUGGUAGUGGUGGUAAAGGUGGAUUCGGUAUUGACUGUGACGAAUUUGGUAAUCCCAUCAGUGGUUCCGGUUCAACCGGCUCUAGCUCUUCUCCGAGCAGUGGUACUGGAGGCAAAGGUGGAAUCGGUAUCGAUUGUGACGAGUUUGGAAAUCCCAUCAAUGGAGGUAGUGAAAGCACUGGUAGUUCUUCUGCUCCUGGAGAAGGAUCUACUCCCGAUUCUUCCUCUGGUGGAUCAGAUAAUUAA